AUGCUCUCAAGUUUGGAACCUCAAAAUAGUUACGAGGCCCGAGACAAGAACAUUUCUUUUACCGUGGUAAUAAUUUUGGGUAAAGGGGAGCUUUUGAUCGUGAGGACCAAAAAUAGGAGUAUUUUCUGGGAUGGUGUCCAGCAUAAAUGGAUGACAUUGAUUGGGGGCACAACAAGGACUGCCUUCUUCUUCUUCUUUUCCGUCUUUUUGAUGGGAAAAAGAGGACUGCUUCUUGGCAUUGCAUGUGAAUUAGAGUCAGCAGCGCUGAUUUUGCACCGCCAUCCAACGUGGACUCCAACAACAAAAGCCACCGACGUAAAAACAGACAGGUACGAACAUUCACUAUUACAUAAGAGUAGAAUGGAACGAGGAGGCCGCACGUUUUUCCAACCCAACAGUGUGAAAGGAAAGCUUCAAGGGAAUGUUAAUAUCAAUCAUCAAUGGACAUGUCUCCAUAUUUUUUUAGCAGGACAUGAAAAGCACAGAUACGGAAUGUUUAAUUACCCAUCUGAGGCCGCGACAGCUCUUUCAAGGUCAAACCUAUGGCAUCUUUUCUCUAAAAAGUUACCAGGGGAGCCAGAUGCGGAUAGAAUUAAGAGGGUGGUUGGCAGUCACAAAUCUAAGAGUAUUGAUUCCAAAUAUCCUCUAAAAUUUGUGCCAUUUCUUGUAUUAUUCCGCGAAAGCGAAGAUCAUAAGUUAAAAUCCGUUCUAACCCCACCAUUCUCGUCCACGACGACGGCAAAUGGUUAA